AUGCAAGCGACAUCUGUGGUUGUACAGGACACCAGUGAGCUGAACAGUGAGAAGCAGCCUCCAGGGGAGUGCCUGCAAGCAUAUUCCUCGACCAGCUGCUUAACACAGGAAAUAUGCGCUUUAGAAGAGAACGAUGCAGGGGCGUCCAUAAUCCCCAGGCGGGGCUCUAUGCAUUUAGCGGACUCGAUACAUGAGGCAAAUAACUUCACAACGUUACUGGCGCCGAGUAAUGCCUUCUCCAGUGGACCGUUGGAUGCGGCGGAAAAUGCCAAUGUGUUGAGUCAUCCAAGCAGCAUGACACCCUCUUCUACGCCACGUGAGACUGGCUACGAGUACGUGUUCGGGGUUGUAAACCCCAGUUCGGGCGAAACUGGGAUAGUUCAAUAUGUGUUGCGCUCUAUGCGUGAAUUGCUUGGGGCGAAUCGCGUUAUGACGCUUGACGCACCGCUUUUUGCAAACCCGGCCCCACUUGUUGAGGCUAUUCGCAACUACGCCGUGCAUUUUGGCUGUCAGGGUUCAAACAGUACAGUCAUAAGAGGCGGCAUUGAGGGCAGCAAAAACGCAGCAGCAGCAGCUGCUGCUGCUUGUAGUGGUGGUUGCGGCACUGAGUUGGAGCGGCGUGGAACGGUCAUUGUGUGUGGUGGUGACGGCACGGUAGCCUUCGUCAUGGAGCAGCUGGAUGCCGUGUAUGAGAUGAUCAAAAGCGCGACGAUGGCAUCCAGUGGGACUGGAAUGGGCCAUUUAAAACGGCGUGUCUUGCUCCCUGCAGUGGCUGUUCUUGCGCUUGGAACAGGCAAUGACUACUCCAACUGCAUGGGGUUCGGCAGCGGCUACUUGCAUCACAAGCUCUCGGGUCUCUGCUGUUGCAUGGAAAACACCAUUGAGCCGCUUGUUCGGCACGCUGUUACUGCGCCUGCGAUUCCGUUUGACCGAUGGACAGCGCGGCUGGUGCCACUCACAGCAAUUUGGGAGCAACAGCAAAAACAACAACAGAGACGUCAAACCCUGCAAAAGUCGGGGACGGAGAAAACAGGAGCAUAUUUAAGUGUUAAUACGCGGAGGGGCGACACAAUGGCGGAGGCGGAGAAGAACAAGGGCGGAAGGCAUGAAGAACAGGAGGCGGUGACGGCGGACAUAGUAGAUUUGCGUGCGCUGGACUGGGAUGCGCUGGACGCUGCUGGGGCGUGCAUGAAGUAUAAUUUUAUAAAUUAUUUUAGUAUAGGCUUUGACGCGUAUGUGGUUCAAAAAUUUGACGCCUUUAGGAGGAAACACCUUAAGUUUUGCUCAACACGGAUGCAUAACAAACUCGUGUAUGCCACGUACAGCUUGAAGGCGCAGUUUCGUUGCUCAUCGCUGCGUUCAUCCAUCUCCAAUGUAUGUAUUCCGCAGCUGACGGGGUGUGUUUCAAGCCACACCGAUGGAUCUCAAAGACCCGAUGAACAAAUACAAGGAAACACAUCUAUUGUGACCAUCUCUCUCCCCAAAAGCAGCAAGACAUUGCUAGUCACGAAUGUUAGCUCCUACGCCGCUGGAACACGUCCGUGGAGGGAGGAAAAGGGUCACCUGUAUCGUGACGACCAUGCCACAAACUCCAUGGUUAUCACUCCUGUGUGCGUGAAUGAUCGUUUGAUGGAGGUGCAGGCUGUCGGUGGUCUUUUUCAAAUGGGGUUGCUUCAGAUGGGGAUCGGCCAGGGCGCCUCUAAACUGGCACAGACUCGGGAACUGUUUCUGUUUGUUCUCUGCAAAUCAACAGACAUUGCCCGGAGUCCGACGUCACUGAAGAGUGUGGAGACGACGCCGGGAAGGGUGGGGGAUGAGGAGCACACACCGCUUUGCAUGCAAAUUGACGGUGAAGCUAUUGGGAGGAUUACACACCCGACUGUGGUUUACAUCACCGAGUUGCAUAAACCUCGUGUGUAUGUGCGCUGCCGCAAUCCAAGUGUGGUCCGACACCACGUUCAGGACGAAGAUCUUGUAAUUUAG